UUCUACUGGCCUAUCCGGUUACCAAGCAUUCAAUAAUAGUUACUAUUACUACUCGUGAGUGAGAGUGAGAGUAGUCUUGAUUCCCGCUUCACCGUCGCGUACCCCGUCGUGUUCUCCGUCUCAUUCUCCAUUUUUCUAUUCUCAAACCUUCUCACAUGUCAACGGCACCACCGUCCAAACGCGAUAAGUUGCAAUGGGAAUAUCCUGUUGCUGGUUUAAUAUCCGGAUUCGCCACCUUAACCGUGAAGUAUCCCCUCGACCUUGUCUCAACUAGGCUUCAAGUUAACGAUGGUCGACUCUUCUCUCAAUUUCCUAGAUACAAGAACACCGCUCACGCCAUUUUCACCAUUGCUCGCUUCGACGGAUUGAAAGGCCUAUAUGCAGGCUUUCUUGCUGGGAUUCUUGGGGCAAGUAUUUCAUCUGGUUUAGCACUCGUUGGCUAUGCAAGAGCUAAACAAAAACAUGCUGAGAGAAAAGAGGAGAAGUUUAGUCCAGGUCUUGCCUCAAUUGUGGAAACGGGAGUUUUGGUUUGCUUGUGCGCAAAUCCUGUUUGGAUAGUGAAGACAAGAUUGCAGCUUCAGACUCCUCUUCAUCAGACACGGCCAUACUCUGGGCUCUAUGAUGCAUUUAGGACCAUAGUGAGGGAAGAAGGGUUUAGAGCACUUUUCAGAGGAAUUGUUCCUGGUUUAUUCCUGGUCGCUUAUGGCGCUAUUCACCUCACUGUAUACCAGGAGCUUCGUAAAACUCUUGCUCAUUUGAAGACUAAAGGAAGUAAUAUACAACAUCAAAACCCUGAUAAAAGUUUGAAUUCUGUUGAUUCUGCUGUUCUUGGAGCAACCUCAAAAGCUGCUGCAAUACUCCCAGCCUAUCCAUUUAAUGUUAUACGAACUCGUUUACAGCUACGACCUAACAGUGAUGGGAUAUCAAGAUAUAAGAAUAGUUGGCAUGUUGUGAAAGAAACAGCACGAUUUGAAGGUGUUCGAGGUUUUUACAAAGGAAUCACUGCAAACCUUUUGAAAAACAUUCCCGCUGCUUCAAUAACAUUUGUUGUUUAUGAAAAUGUUCUAAAAUUACUUAAAGAGGAGAAGGAAUGACUGAGUAAGACAGUAUCUGGAUAUUCAGGGAGAAAUCAAAGAAUGAUCCUCUACCUCAAACAGAAAACUCAGAAUUGAGAAUGAAUCUCAAUGCAAGAAAUAACAGUGAUAGAGAGAAAUAGUUAGUUGUCGGAAUAUCUUGUGUCUUGCUUCAUUUUCCCAUCAUAGAGCUAAUGUACUUUAUUGCAAUGAGCACAUUACAAGGCUAGCUCAUCAACUCUCUUAACAGAAUUAUGAGUGGAAUAAAGUGUGACCUCAUAAAAGUGAAAACAUAAAAUGGAAAAAUAGA